CCGCCCAGAAUAUAUCAAUAAAGACUCCCACUGCAUCAAUCGGACCUAACUUCUGGGUCAUUGAAUGGCAUUUUCUUUAAUUCUCCCCUCUCUUCACUGAUGCCUUGAGACCUGCAGGUGUAGAGCAUGCAACGGUUGCUUGACAUGAUCUGAUCCCAAGCGCUCCCGGGUAUCAUCGCGAACAGGCACCAACGUCAACAGGCCUCCAACCAACACCAACACCACGAUAUUGAUCUUGAUGGAUUUACCCUCCCCUCGUGAUCAAACAGUACGUGAAAUCUUCUCUCUGCGCCAAAUCGCACAGCGAGCGACAAACGCUGCCUAAAAUCUCAUGCACCCCAGAAACCAUCACUCCAGCCGGGCGCAUUUGCCCAGCGCCCCAAAUACAACAGUUGGUUACUUUCUCACAAAUGAGGCUCAGCUCUGUACCACCAACUCAUCUUCAAGCUUCAAUAGAACCAUGCAGGUUUAUGCACACGCUCCGCCUCUUUGCCGCCCAACCCUGGUCCAGCCGCAGUAUGAAAAUGGAACCUCAGCUUCCCUCGGCGGUUAAUUCUUCCACUUCUUCACUACCUUGAAAAUGCCGGCUAGAAUACAUGAGAAUUGCGUUGAAUUUCGGGUGGUAACAUGGGAUAAAGGGAAUGAGAAGUGGCUUCGUGAGGAUGUCCGACCGGGGGACUUUUAUGAGGGGGAGAUGCCGGCUUUGUGGAGUGAGUCGCAUGUUAUAGUCGUAUUCGCGGAUGCAGAUAAAGUACGCGAUUGCUCAUCGUGUAGGAAACGCUUCACCGAUGUCUUCUGUAUGCCUGAGCUCUGGUGGUCAAGCUACAGCCGUCGAUCAAACGGCUACUUUGGAAGCGAGACAUUUCGCGAUAACAACGGAAUGAUCACUGCAUUGAAUACCUGGUCACGAUUCCUCGUCAAGCAAUUGAACGAAACCUCCCAUCAAUGGCAUAAAUUCAACAUCCUAACACGCUGGAUGAAAGAUCCCCAACAAACAAUCCUUCUUGUCUUCGAAGCUCCCAAACAACUUCGUCUUCGCGAUAGAUUCCCCGAUCCACUGCUCCUAAACUCCCACAACGACACGCUCAGCGAUCCCUUCUGGUUCUACCCCCGUUUAUUCGAGGAUCUCUCUCUCCUUCAAGAUAACUCCGUCUGGGCAGUUCGCGACCACGUUCGAAGAAUUGAGAAAACAGAUCUUACGCAGAAACCUGAGCCUAAAUAUCGAGCUAUGCAUGAUACAGCUAGACAUGCUAUUCACGUCUCGGAGACGCUUGAAGUUGCGGAGAAGACUAUCACGGCGAUCAUACAGCAGCAUAGUACGUUUGAGGCCGAGGCCGCUGGGGGGAGUAGACCUGCAAAAGCAAAGUUUCGACAUGUAGGCGAACGAUUACUGUGGUACAUCCACAUUCUGCAGAGUCUACGCUGCAGAGCCUCCGCGAACAAGGAACGGCUUCUUAACGAGAUCCAACUCGCGUUCAACUCAGUAGCGCAGUACGAUUCUCGCAUCUCCGUCAAGAUCGGCCAGGCAACUCAAUCUGACAGCGCAGCUAUGAAGACCAUAGCUUUCGUGACGCUCACAUUCUUACCUGCGACUUUUAUAUCAGCGCUGUUCAGCAUGUCGUUCUUCAAAGUUGAUGAUGACACGGGAGUCUGGAGUGUGAACGAGAAGUUCUGGGUGUAUUGGGUGUUUGCGGUUCCAGCGACGUUGUUCACAUGGGGAUUGUGGCUAUCGUGGCAGUGGUUUUAUAGACCAGUUAAGAUUGGGGAGGAGGAGAAGCCCGUGAAGAAGUUUGGGGACUUGAUUAGGUUUGUGAAACGGGGAGGGACCGAUGAGGAAUACCAGAUCUCUUGAGCCGAGAAGUUAUUGAAGGGGUGAGUAUAUUACCGAUAAACUAGAAGUCAAAUUGAUUGCGUGCUACUAUCCG